AUGGGGACGAAGAAGACUGGCCGUCGACGCACGCCGGCCUCUGCCCCGUGUCCCAGCUGCGGCCGAGCCUUUGCACGAAACGACAGUUUGAGCCGGCAUUUAAAGACUCACGCCGACCAUCUGGAGCAACGACCGUUCCAUCGCAUCAUCCACGACAAGUUCCGGGCCUGUCAUCGGUGCAGACGCGCCAAGAUUCGCUGCACCGGAAGCCUGCCGUGCGCUAGAUGCGAGCAGCUCAAGCAAGAGUGCAACUAUGAUCAUGAUCAGAAGCAGUCGAAGCACUCAACUACAUGGACAACAAGCUCGUCCUCGACUCCCCCACCACAACAGGCCGAAAAGCCUCCUGGAUCACAGGUGCAGUCUCCGACCCCAUCUCUAGACGACGAGCCAACACCAACGGUUACACCGUUGGUCAGUACAAUGGAAGAGAUAACUCUCGCCCUCGACGCGCCCAACAGUCCACCAAAUGGAGUCAGUCUAGCUGUCACGUCCCCCGACAGUACGGCUACGAUGCUCCAUCUCAGUCUAUCUUCAACUCUUGACAAUCCGGUGGCGCACUUCAAUGACGGCAAGAACAUUUCUGCCAUCCAAUCGACAUAUGUGUCUCCCACCCUCCACAUCUUAGAUCCAUACAGUUACAAGUUACCCUCGAUUGCCGACUCUCGCGAAGCACCAACUCCAAGCAGCCAACCGCUCGGGAAUUGCCGGUAUGCUGUUUUGCAUUACCUGUCACCAUUCAUGGACAGGGAUCUGGGGCCUAGCCUUGCGUGCGAUCUGCUCGACACGUACUUCUCCAGCGCUUUCUCUAGCCGCAUGCAUCCCACCUGCCAUCAUAUCCACAACUUCAUCCUACGACGCUGCGAUGUCCUCGAUGCCCUGCAGCCGCGCAAAACGCAUCCAGGUCUGCUCGCCAGUAUGCUCUUUGUUGCCGCAUUGAGCGAUAAAGCCCUUGGUUUGUUUAGCGGGCCUGAGGAAAGGGAUCGCGUGUGCAAGUACUUGAGUCUACUAACUUACCGGCUACUCAACCCUUCCCGAUAUGAACCACUAUUAAGCCGCGAGGACUUGGGACUUCCAUCCGCUUUAUGCUCAGAUCCGGGCUGGACAAAUGAGGAUCUAAAACGAGCCCUGGAUGCACAACAACAGACAGAUAUCUUUCCCGUCACCUGGGGGAUGGACUAUGUCAUUGCAUUGAUCCACGUUUCUUCCGUGAUCUCCGGAAGUGAAAAGAAAGCUGCUAGUAUUCGAUGGUGGAGUGUCACAUUCAGCCUUGCACGAGACCUGAAGCUCAAUGAGGAGGUCGAGUCUUUCAUUCUGCCGCCGGAUACAGGAGAUGGCUAUCCCGACGUGAACUGCACAUGUUCAUUGGGUCACGAAGCAACUGGGGACGUUGUGAGCGAGGUGCAUCGAGAGGAACGGCGCCGAACGUGGUGGCUGCUGUUUCUGAUGGAUCGACAUCUGGCCCUUUGUUAUAACCGGCCUUUGGCAUUGCUGGAAGCUGAGUGUGCCAACCUAUUGCUUCCUCUCGACGACAUCACAUGGCAGUCUGGAUCCCCGCUUCACAGUCACGGUACCCGAACCGAUGGCCCGAGAUGCAUAUUGUUGCCGUCAGGCAACGGACGCCUUCACGGUCCGCCGAGUGUCUGCUCGGGCGAGGGCCUCUUCGAAUUCUUCUUACCGCUCAUGACGAUUACCGGACACUUGCUGGACUAUAAUCGCGCCAAAAACAAUCCGGUAUUGGCAUCGGCCGCCUCCUCGAUGUGGACUUCUCAAGAACACCGGAUCUUGCGGGAACUUGACCAGUACCAAGCAACCUUGAACCACCUUACUACGAGAUCUGGCACUGACCCUGGGCCAGACAAAGGGUCGCCUUGGAUGACAUCUCCGGCACUCACCGUGGAAGAUUCGGAAGCAACCCAUAUUUCCCAGACUGUCUCCGGGUAUGCCACCCAUGUCGUUUGUGUUCUCAGGAUCCUGGUCGGCAGUAAAUGGGAUCCAGUCUGUCUUUUCGAAGACGCGGACUUCUGGACGUCAUCGUUGGGAUUCAAAGACUCCAUGUCGCAUACAAUGGCCGCUUCUGAAUGUGUGACACAAAUCUUGGAGCAUGAUCCCGAUGUCAGUUUCAUGCCCUACUUUUUCGGCAUCCAGCUCCUGCACGGCAGCCUUUUACUCCUUCUGGUGGCAUACCGUCUCCAAGGGGAUUCGGGCACCGCGAUACUCGCGGCUUGCGAGGCUGUCAUUCGAGCUACGGAAGCCUGCUUUGUAACUCUGCCCACCGACUAUCAGCGACAGUUUCGCAAUGUCAUGAGAUCUGCCAUUGCUCUGGCCAAGGGCAGAAGGAACAAUCCAGUCGACACCGAGAAACAGUUGACCUUUGUCCUCGCGAGAUAUAGGUGGUCCAGAAACGGGGCUGGACUGGCUCGCUGA